GGCUGGGAAUCAAGCCAAAAACGUCACCUACGCCGAGGGUAGCCCACAAAAUACUGCAGUUUCUUUUGUGACAGUGGGAGGGCAGCAACGUGCCUCCUUUGUGGCGUUCGUUCUGUCGCACGAACAGAGGAAGACGCGACAUCCGGCCUUGACUGGAGGCGCCAUUUCGCUUCCCGUUCAUUGGUUUCGAGGCCUCUUUUCGUUUUGCCUGGAUCCGCCGAGCGCCCGCGGUCAUGGUGAAAAUUUUUAUCGGCAACGUGGCGAGCGACACCAGCCCGGCCGAGCUGCGCGGUCUCUUCGAGAAGUACGGCGAGGUGACGGAGUGCGACGUGGUCAAAAACUUCGGCUUCGUCCACAUGAGCGACCUGGCCCAGGCCGAGGAGGCCAUCCGGAACCUCCACCGGGAAAAGCUGAACGGCUGGCCCAUGAACGUGGAGCUGAGCAAGGGCAGGCCCAAGUCCAGCACCAAGCUGCACGUGGGCAACCUGGGCGAAGGGGUCACGGCCGACGUGUUGCGGGCUAAAUUCCAAGAGUUCGGCAGCGUCGUGGAAUGCGACGUCGUCAAGGACUAUGCCUUCGUUCACAUGGAGCGAAUGGAGGAUGCCAUGGAUGCCAUUAAUAAGAUGGACAACACCGCCUUUAAAGGCAAACUGAUGAGCGUACGACUGUCCACCAGUCGGCUGCGCACGACUCCGGGAAUGGGAGAUCAUACCGGCUGCUUUGUCUGCGGAAAACACGGUCACUGGUCGAAAGACUGUCCAGUCGAUCGCAACAAUAGCCACGGCGACGACGCGAGAGGUUUCGGCGGCCGGGGCCGCCCGCGCGGUCCCCCGGCUUUCGGCAGGGGCGGCUACGGAACGGCCGCUAAUUUCACGCCCGGCGCGCCGUUUAAUCGGCCUAGUUUCGGGAUGCCGCCCCCUCCUCGGAGGCCCGGCGGCCCCGAGGCGGGGGACCGCUACGGCGAGAGGUCUCCGCUUUACGAACGAGACCGCGGCGUCGACCACUACGAGAAGUACAGAGCCCGCCCUUACGGCGGGAGCUAUUUCGAAGAGCGCCGCACGUCCUAUAUCCCGCCUCCCCCGCCGCCGCCGCCCCCUCCCUCGGAGUUCUCGGAUCCGUACGAGCGGCGUCUUCCGCCGGCUCCCGCGCCGGCCCCUCCUUCCGCUUACUACGCGAAAGAGCGCGACCCGAUCCGCCGGGUACCCGUCGCCCCGGCGGGCUACGGCUUUGAGCGGAAGCGGCUAUCCCCCCCCGCGGCCGCCGGCAGAGGCGCCUACGCGCCGCCGCGGCCCAAGGAGUAUUUCGCCCCACGUUUCGCUCCGUACUAAAACCCACGGUCUCGGACUUUAUUUUUGGGCUCAAGCUUCCAGGCUCUCACGUUCCCGGUGCCGCCUUCUGCUCAUUUUUUCAACAUAUAUUUUUGCAUCGUCGGCUCAUCGACACAUUCUUUUACUUUGAUUUCGUUCUAAUCGCACGGAAAUCGACCCUUUUUCGGCCUGGGGAUUUCUUUUACAGGCGUGUCAUUGAAAUGUUUCGUCGGUUCGUUUCUGGUGUGUGACGGGCGGAAGAUUUCUUUCCGUUUCCUGUUUUGUAUUAAAGGGUAUUAACCGUACUAGGGUGUCCCCAUCACUUUUUUUUUUGUUCGCCAUGUCUGAGUCCCGUUUGGAUUCUUGUGCAUAGAAUUACAAAUUGCGCAUAUUUAAUGUUGCAUAUCUUAAAAAAUGGAAGAAAAUGGGGGGGGGGGGGGCAUUCCAACAUGCAUUUAGUUUCAAUGUGUGUCAGUCAAAAUUUUAUAUGCAGUUUUGCCAUUUUGAAAUGACAGUUCUUUGAAAUAAAGUGACAGUCACGUUAACGUGUUAUUCACCUGGAUUUGGUACACUAUACUUUUUUUUCUCCAAGAUCUCCAAGAAUUUUAGGAUUGAUCGACUCCAUGUCCAGAGGCACCGUGUUUUUUUUUUCUUUUUUAAUGUGCCGUUUAUUUUUCAAAUUCCCCUUCGCUGCAACACCCAAACCAAAUGUUUAUAAUAAAAGAAAGCGAGGCAUUUUGGUGACUAAUGGUUUCUGUUUAUUUUCUUAGCCUCUGCAGGUAUUUCAUUUGAUAUCAUUGUUUCAAUACUUUCACCAAUUUGAUAUCU